UAAGAUAGGAGUCACAUGAUCCUUUCAGUGUCUUCCCGCUUCCUCCCCAAUUCCAUAUUGUGAUUGUCAAGGCUGAAAACAGGCACGUGAAGAUACUAAGGAGGAAAAACGGAUUUUGGGGUAGGAAAGUAAAUUUUUUGAUCAUGACUAUUUUUUGUUUAGUACUUAUACUGUUGCAGAUAAAACCAUAUGACUUACAUUAGAUGAAAGUGUAAUGUCUCAGGCAAAAUAUGAUGUAUUUUCCCGUGCUAAUUUCAAACCGCUAUGCUACUACAGCUAGCUAAACAUGGCUGACAGGGUUGGGGUGGGUUGUAACACAUCUUUAGAAAGUGUUACAACCAUCCCCUUACACACAACUAAGAACAUUUUUGAUUUUAAAAAUUUUACAGAAUGCCUAGACAUUGGAUACCGAAGACUGAUAGAGGUGCGCCUGCAGAUGUUUUAAAAAAGGCAUCUGAUGAGGUCACAAAGAACAAGUCAGUCAGAUCAGUUGCGAAGGCGCAUGGGAUCUGCCAUGUAACACUGAGCAGAUACUGCAAAUCACUGCAGAAGCUGAGAGAACAGGGGUCCAGUGAUCUUCCCAGUGUAGGUUAUUGGAGCAGCAACAAAGUCUUCUCUGAGGUGCAGGAGGAAGUGUUGGCUGACUAUUUGACUCAGGCAGCAGACCUGUAUUAUGGACUGACUCCACGUGAGGUCAGAAAGUUUGCAUAUCAACUGGCCGUAACAUAUAACAUCAAACACCCGCAAACAUGGGAUGAGAAGCAGAUGGCAGGGCCUGACUGGUUCACAUUAUUUAUGAAGAGGAACCCCACCCUGUCAAUAAGGAGUCCUGAGGCCACCAGCCUUUCACGGGCCACAAGUUUUAACCGCCAAAUGUCUAGGCAUUCUGUACAACACCCUUGUACAGGUCAUUGAGAGAUACAACUUCGACGAGAGCGAUAUAUGGAAUGUAGAUGAAACUGGUGUAACAACAGUCCAAUCGCCAGACCGUGUUGUUGCUCGUCGUGGUGUCAAGCAGGUGGGUGCGAUGACAUCAGGUGAGAGAGGUGUGCUCGUGUCAGUAGCAUGCACUGUGCAAGCGCUGGCAAAUGCAAUUCCUCCCUUCUUUGUAUUCCCCCGUAAACGUUACAAGGAACUCUUCAUUCAGAGUGGGCCAACAGGGAGUGCAGGAAGUGGUAAUGCCUCAGGAUGGAUGCAAGA